GAUAUUCCCAAUCGCCCAAGAACCUUUUUACCACUCCCUCGAGGUUUCGAUAGCCGCGAAAAUGAUGCACCCAUCGCGCAGGGCGUUUGUGGAGGACGCCGGUGGCGAGGAACAGGGAGGUGUUGACCUGGACUCGAUUCCCCUCGAUCGUAACUACGACAUACCGGGAGUCGGGGCUGCGCCCGACCUUCUGUCGCACUUCGAGCGCAAAAGACUGGCAGCAGGUAUUGCAGUGCCCACCUCCGAUGGACGAGUAUGCGCAAAGCUUCGAGAGCUUGGAGAGCCAAUCACCCUCUUCGGCGAAGGACCCGGAGAUAGACGCGACCGAUUACGAGAGCUCUUAACGACACAAGCACAGCUCGGGGGUCAGGAGGAAGAUGUGGAUAUGGUCGGUAGUGAAGAGCAGGCGGAGGAGGAACAGGAGGAGGAGUUCUACUCGAGGGGCUCCCCCGAACUACUGCAAGCGCGAAUAAAUAUCGCCAACUACUCCAUCCCGCGAGCCAAAAAGCGGGUUGAAUUCCAGAAAAAGGAGGCGACUAUCCCCCUGCGAACACACGUCCAAUUUCGGAAGGAAAUCAAAGAGCGGCUGCAAGCGUUCGAACUACAAGGCAGUCAAACUGUAGGAGAUCGGCACAUCAGCAUGACUAGGAUAUCGCCGAAUGGGGAAAUAAUCGCGACUGGUAACUGGGGAGGAACAGUAAAUCUCACCGAGAUUCCCAGCCUCGAACCGAAAAAAACACUACGGGGCCAUACCAACAAAAUUAGCGGACUGUCUUGGAUGCCCGGGUCGACGCUGCCGGAGGGCAAUAUUUCGCCAGACACGGUCAAUCUUGCAUCCGGCGGAGCGGAGGGCAAGGUUCACCUCUGGUCUCUUACCCAGGAUACCCCCCUUUCGACGCUUUCAGGCCACGCAGGGCGGGUUUGCCGCGUCGAGUUCCAUCCUUCCGGGAGGUAUUUAGCCUCGGCGUCGGAGGACACGUCUUGGAGACUCUGGGACGUUGAAACCGCUACGGCUACUACGAGCGUUACAGAGUUACUACUCCAGGAGGGCCAUUCACGCGGAGUCUUCGCUGUCAGCUUUAAUCUGGAUGGUUCCCUCCUUGCUAGUGCGGGUCUAGACAGCAUUGCCCGGAUCUGGGAUUUACGGUCUGGGCGGACUGUGAUGAUUCUCGACGGCCAUUUGGAUGGACACAUCAAGCCCAUCUACGGUCUGGAUUGGAGCUCAGACGGCCAUCGCAUUCUGACAGCCUCUCAAGACGGAUGGAUCAAAUGCUGGGAUGUCAGAAAGGUACAGAAGACCGGAGGCAUUGGCGCCCACACCAGUGCCGUUUCCGACGUACGGUGGUUUAAAGGCCUUGACGACCCUCUGGACGGAACACCCCCGGGCCAGGAUGAGAAGGGGAUGCAGAUGCCGAAGAAGACGAGCACUUUUCUCGUGUCAGCAGGGUUUGACCACAAGGUGAACAUCUUCUCGGCAGAUGACUGGGCGCUGGUGCAGUCUCUGAGUGGCCAUACGGGUCCUGUCGCCAGUGUCGAUAUAAGCAGGGACGGGAAGUGGAUUGUGAGCGGCGGACAUGAUCGGACGAUCAAGCUCUGGGGCCGGAACAACGGCGAGGGGAUGUAUACUCGCUAGGUCAAGGGCAGGGCAGGCAUUAAUACGAGUCUGCUGGUAAUACCAUCUGCCCGGGAUGUAAGCCUCUGUAAAAUAAACUGUAAGGUGGGCUUGUGCUUCCACUCGGGCAAGGAUUUAGAACAGAACUGAUGAUUAAUACCUGCGGAAAUGAGCAACGCUUCAUGAUGUACCUAGUAUAUCUAGCAAACCAUACGCUCAUAAUGAAGGUGUCCAGUUAUCCACUCA